UCUCUCUUGGGACGUGGAAGGUCCGCGCUCGCGUGUCGCGUUUGGGAACGGGGCGUAGGAAGGGAGGGUGUCUUAGUCAGACUAAGGGAUUGUCACAGUCUUGAUGCUGGUUUUAGUGGUGUCUAUAGCUUUGUAGCUGCUAAGAAAGACAGGUGAUGGGCUCAGUGUAGCUGAACUGAACAUAGCUGCUGCUGUGCUCAGCCAAUAUGUCUGUCCUUCAGAAGAAACAUCCCCUGAAGACCCUGAACGGCAAUCGGCUGCUGGCGGCCUAUGGAAGCCUGUCACUACGCCCCAACAAUGGGAAGCGGAAGUCAGCCGUGGAGAUGCUGCAGGAGACCAAGGCGUUCUACGUCAAGUCGGAGCGGGUGCUGGACUCGAAGCAGGAGAUGAAGCACGCCGACCACCUCCAGGUCACAGCUGCUCCACUCUGUCGUACCCCCUGGCCACCGCGACCCUACAGCGAACCGCCGCCGGAGCCGGCGCCGCCCGCGCCGCCCCCGCCCCCGCCCCGGCCGGCCGCCCUGCCGCCCCGCCUCACCCCCGAGAAGCCGCCCUGGAAAACGCCCGAGAAGGGUGUGAGGGGCUCAGCAGACAAACCGCCGCCGCUGCCCGCCAGAUCUCCCGGCUGCGCCGGCCCUGGCCGCGCGUGCCGCCUGCUGCGCGGCGAGCCGACCGUUCCGGAGCGGCGCCGCUCGGGCGACUCGGUCCAGGCGCGUCUCCGUCAGCUGCUCAGUCCGGCGGCGCGUCCCCCCUCCGACAGCGGCCGGCACAAGUCGCUGCCCGACAUCAGUGCGGACAGUUCCUCCGCCUCAGCGGACAGUGGAGGAGCCUCAGAGACGGGCCGACAGAGUCGGUCGGAUGCGCGCAGUCGCGGCCGGGCUACCUCCGACUACGUGAGCCGCUCGCCAGGCUCGGCGCUGACCCCCAGUGACGGCCGGCGCGACCGACGCGACGCGUACACGGACGACGGACGGGCGAGGGCCGACACGGAGGCCUGGCCCCACCGGCCCGUCACCCGUUCAAAGUCGGACGUUAGCCACCGGUACGGGCGCGGCGCGGCCGGCGGCGGCGCUCUCGGCCUGUGGACCGCCGAGCCGCCGCCGCCGCUGCCGGCUCGCGGCGCGCGCAGGUGCUCCACUGAACUGGGCCGCUUCUUCGACCAACUGGGUAUGGACGGCGAGCGGUUCGGUCACCUGGCCAGGGUACCCUCCGACCACUGGUCACCCCUGGAGACGCCCAGCUUCUGGGACGGCCUCUCGGAGUCGUCACGGUCGCGCGGCCGGCGCACCAGCGUGGCCAGCGAGGCGUCCUCGGCGGCGGCGGCGGCGCGGCGGCGCGACGGCGGCGGCCUGCGCCUCCUGCCGCCCGCUGUCGCUGAGCCCUCCAUCGUGGAGAAGAACGCGCGCAUCGUCAAAUGGCUGUUCCAGUGCCGUCGCGCGCGCGACGAGUGGACGCUGGGCGUCACAUGAGGCCGGCCCCCGGCGCCGGCCCAGAUCCCGGCGCCGCCUGGGUGGGAGGGCUCCUGAGUAAAGCACCGUGCACGCCCCUGAUAUUCGCGCCUGGUCGCUGGUACGGCACGCUGUCGGUGUUCGGCUCUGCUCUGCUAAUUUACUGGUGGUCGGACACGCCGGCCACCUGUCGGUGGAACUGGUAACUACUGCUGACUAGCCCAGCCGUGGGGCGGCGCUAACUGCCAUAGCGACAGUAGCGGUAAACGUGAUCAAAGAUCUGCUAAUGACGGGCAUAACACUGUCGAUUUUGCGCUUGUUUUGUGCACACCGGCCACGGUCGUCAAGUU